AUGUUUGCUGAUGAUACCAGCAUCAGCGUUCAUGGUAAAAAUGUAGGAGACUUGGAACCAAGCAUCAACACUGAACUCACUAAUAUACAUCAAUGGUUGUUAGCAAAUAAGCUAAGCUUGAAUGUAGCGAAAACGGAAUUUAUGAUUAUUGGGUCCCGCCAAAAGUUCACAGCGCAAUGCGAUUCCACUAUUAAUAUUGCGAUUAAUGGAGCUAGCGUUAAACAAGUUGAUCACACCAAAUCUUUGGGUGUCACUAUCGAUAAAAACCUUAAUUGGUCAGAACAUGUUAACGACAUUUCGAAGAAAAUCUCAUCAAGUAUAGGGGCUCUAAAACGUGUUCGCCCAUUUAUUUCGACCGAUAGUGCCAUCCAAAUCUACGAAGCCUKAAUUCUACCCAAACUGGACUAUUGUAGUGCAGUUUGGGAUGGAUUAAGUGAUAAACUAUGUGUUCAACUACAAAAGCGUCAAAAUCGAGCGGCUAGARUUAUCACAAGAUCUAACUAUGACAUAAGAUCUAGCCAUCUCCUUGACCAAUUAAACUGGGAUACACUUGCAGUUCGUCGUAAAAAACGAAAAGCCCUACUAAUGUUUAAGACGAUGCAGGGACGUACACCAGUUUACUUACAAAACCUUUUCUCCGACUACCAUACUAAAUACAACCUUCGAAAUCAUGAUCAUAAACUGUCAAUACCUAAGCCACACACUGAAUAUCUAAAACGAUCAUUCAGCUAUAGUGGGGCAAAAUUGUGGAAUGACCUACCGUUAAACAUAAAAGAGGUCAAGUCAGUACGAAAAUUUAAAACGGAAAUUGAUAGUUUGUACA